GAAGCCAAAAAUAUGGCCAAAUAGCGUGUGGUUUGCAUGAUUUUUUAAGACCAAUAACCUCCUGAAAAGGCCAAUAUGACCUUAAAAAGUUAACCCUGCUCACACUUAAUUUGAGCAGUUCGUGGUGAAUAUUAACAUUGUUCACCAGUCACCAUCACUACCCACAACAACUAGAAUGUCACAACCGGUUGAGUCUAGACUACCACCUCCACUGUGUGAGGAAUUUGUGUAUGGAGACUGGACGCUGAAGAUUGUCAAGAGUCACAUUAUGGGGUCACAGUGUGAGGCCCUCCUUGGGCACUGCACAGGUGACAUGGAAGUGGAGAAAUUGUGUAACCGGUGUCGGUAUGAGCGACUAUUGACAUUACCGUCCCUUCCUGAUAUGGUGUUCGCUGACAACCUACUGCAGAUAAAACACAAGUCUGGGGGCAGCAUUACAUUCAAUGCCUUGGAAGCCCUGCAGUGUGUCAAUGAUAAAGAAGACACAUUGCAGGUUGCUCAUGCAGAUGUGUGGAAGGAAGCAAGAGCAGAUUGUGAGUUUGCACAAAAAGUGGUGAAACCUUAUGACUGGACCUACACCACGAAUUACCGGGGAACAUUGUCAGGGGGAAUUGUGGCUGAGUCCACAGAUGAACGAAUUGAUCUGAACAAAUUAAGAGAACGGGAAGAAAUCAAGUUUUAUGAAGAAAUUUUUCUCUAUGAAGAUGAAUUAGAUGACAAUGGAAGCACAAGAUGUGUCGUUAAAGUGAGAGUAAUGCCCAGCGGGCUGUUCGUGGUGUUUCGUCACUACCUGCGAGUGGACCGUGUCAUAGUGAGAGUAAAUGACACCAGACUCUACAGCCCUGCCAGUGUCUCAUUUAUACUCCGGGAAACAUCAACAAGAGAGGCUGCUGUGUCCAACUUACAGGUGGACUCAUUAGUGUAUAACAAUCCAGAUUUAGUAUGGCAGCAUCUACCUCUGGUAAAGGAACAGUGUGACAAGUUGGUCAUUGAGAAGUCAUGAGAAAUUAUCGCAGCCAUAAAAUUCAACCAUUUAUCUUUUUUUUUCUACACUUAAGUUAUGUUUUGCAGUAAGGUCCCAGUGUGUGGUAAAUUGUUGUAGGAACUACGUACAGUAGAAUCCAAGUUUUCCGGUAUCUGGGCAACUGGGAGAUUCAACUAACCGGCACCAGAAUGACAUCAUAAUAAUAAUAGUAAAGAUUCCUCCAAAAUCAGCUAGAAUCAUAAAUUUGAAUACUGUGCACAACAGGGAUAAACUGAGAUAUUUAUUGCUAUAAUAAACAAUAAAAUUGAUAUAUAGCAUAGAAAUUAUACUGUAAUACCAAAUGAUUUCAACCAAACAAAAUAUUUUUUUCUUUAAAUCUAUCACUUUUUUCUUGGUUUUAAUAAGGGUGUUUUUUUUUUGUAUUAUUAUUACUUACAGAUGACAGGGUGAACAGAAAAGCAUUGUGGAAGGCAUUGGUACAAGUGUAUGUGGUGUGAGGAAGGCUGUUAAAUACAGUAAAGGCAACCUUUGAGAAUAACAGGGCAACACUAAGAAUAAAUGGGAAAGAAAGUGAAGCAUUUGAAAUAAAUGUGGGUGUUAGACAGGGAUGUGUUAUGUCCCUGUGGUUGCUGAAUAUAGACGUGGAUGUGAACUAUUAUACACUGAUGAAAGUGGUGGUAAUAAGCUUUCUUACAGGACUGCACACUUCUCAAAUCCUGAUUAUAAGGAAGCCAAGUUGCCACUGUUCAGUAUAACUAUUGACUGCUUCUGUUUAUGGUUGGGCUCUGAGCCUCUGUUUCUAAUGUGUUCAGAUCAUGUAAUAUAUAGGUCCAGAGGAGCAGGGUUGCCAUUCACUGACCACCUAUGUCUCUCCAACUGUACAUUGGCCUCUGCAAUGGUGAUUUUUUGAGGUUGAAAAAGAGUAUAAAUGAUUGCUAUGUCAUCCUGAAUGUACUGUAAUGUUUAUGAUAAAUAGCAUAUUUAUUAUAAAGUUAUACAAAUGACAAGUGCUUAAAACUCAUUAAAACCAUUUAUUUAUUUAUUUAUUUUUGCCAACCCUGGUUUUUCUCUAGGUUACUUUUUGGUACCUGUAUUUGUGUGUUAUUUUGGAUGUAUUUAAGUAUAGUUAUAUACUGUACAUUAAAUUUCAAUUCCAAGAAAAAAGGUAUUUUCGGCAUAAAAUCACACCUAUUUUGUUCAAAAUCUCAAUACUUGUAUAAUGUACUCCUGAGCAUGCUGAUUAAGGAUCUGUAGCCUGCACUUUGAUAUCUGUAUAAUUACUUGUCCAAAUGACAUCUAAAAGGUUUUAAUUACUUUUCUAACACUAAUUACUUGCCACCUAUGGUUUUUCAAGGUCACUUUUUAUUGUGCAUGUAUUCUGGAUGUCCUUAAGUAGUUAGAUACAUUAAAUUUCAUUUUUGA